CGCAGAGCUUUAUUAGGGAGCAGCGCUUCAGAGCGUCUCCUGCGCGCGCACGAGCGGCCGACACGAACACCUGGGGCAGCGAGGAGGGCGACGCGCGAUUCUCUCCCAGAGCCUUUUUUAAAUGAGAUCUUCUCCGUCUCCCGGCCGCCAGCACUUUGCUCCUGACCUUAUCUCCUCGGCCACCUCUAUUGUUUUCACUCUCGGAGGCAGGAAGAAGCACUUUCACAAGAAUUUGCGUCUCCAGCCGACGACGGACGACGUCCACGCUUCGAUUUCGCGCGGCAGAAAAUAAUACAACAACAAGAAUAUUGAAUAGGACACUCGCAACAAACCACAUUAAAAUAAACGUAAAUAACAAAUCAGUAUAAAAAAAAAUAAAGAAGUUUUUUUAAAAAAAAAAAAAAAAAACAAAUACUGUGGUUCAUAUUUAAUCAUUCACGAUCGGGCCUUAAGAGGAAGCUAAUUUAGCGUUUCGUUGAGCGAGCGAAGAAGAGGAUGAGGCGCGCGGGAGAGGAGGUAUGACUGCAGGAGACACCAAAGAGCGGCGCUCGGUUCCUCGGAAGACCUGUUGUCUAUGUAACUCCUCCGAAGAACCAACCGCUCUCUCCCACCCACACCUGACUGACGCCUUUUCACACUGAAGCUGGCCAAAAGCUGAAAAUGAUGUUGAGUCCAGAUCAGCCCGAUUCCGACCUGCCCUGGGGACAGUCCGACGCCGAGUCGGUGAUGAACGACAUCAAGGCGGGCUGCGUUUCCGACGAGGCGCUGGAGACCGACGGCAAAGCGCGAUCGGCGGCUCCUCAGGCUCUCAGCAGGGAGGAGAAGCGCAGGAGGCGACGCGCCACCGCCAAGUACCGCUCGGCCCACGCGACCCGCGAGCGCAUCCGCGUGGAGGCCUUCAACGUGGCGUUCGCCGAACUGAGGAAGCUGCUGCCCACCCUCCCGCCAGAUAAGAAACUUUCCAAGAUCGAAAUCCUCAGGCUGGCGAUAUGUUAUAUCUCGUACCUGAACCACGUCCUGGACGUUUAGAGCUCCGACUGACGCGACUCGGCGACGCUUGCUUCCCUUAAGGAGGAGACUGGAGUGGAAAAGUGUAGGGAAAUAUAAUAAUAAUGUCGACAUGUUUCGCAGCGGGAAACGAGGAGUGGGUGUUCGGAUGCUAAAAUUCCUGUUAAUAAUCUUUCUUGCUCCU